AUGGCUCCCACACGCAGAUCGAGGCGCAUUCAGGGCAAGCAGCAAGCAGCUCAACCCACCACAAAAAGGCUUACAGCCGUUGGGAAGCGAAGAGCACGGAUUGCGGCUGAAGAACAACCCGACUCCAGUCGAAGUGGGAAACGUAAACGGACAGAGAAUGAACCAGAGCCAGAAUUUAUGCACCUGGAGACAACAGUCACCACGCCUUCCCUCGCCACUCCGCACUCUGGAAGAUCGUCCUCGAGGACCCAGCUGCGAUUACUUGAAUUCGCCAAACCGCCAAUCACCUGUGUUCCAUUCGGCGUACAGAAUCGCCCUGAAUCCGUCACAAGUCUCUUCCGAGAUUUUAUCCUACGCCGGGAAACCCCAAUUCCUCCCUGGAUGAGGUGCGUUUGUGGCAUAUCAACGAGGGCUUUGUGUAAUGGGCUGAUCUGUGGCUUGAAACCUAGGGAACGUCUUGAGAGCAUUUAUCCAGAUGAAAUUUUGCUCCCGGAACCUAAAAGCACCAGCGGCACACCUGCUCCAACGCUCCAAGAUAUCAAGCGCUUCGAUAUGAUGACCGCUACCUAUAAACAUGUAAAUACUGCUCGCGUCGAGUAUGCGGAUGAGAGUACCUGGUUGAAGGCUGUCCGGUCUGCCCUGAGCGGAAUAGAGGAACCGGUCUCCAGCGAAGGGGAUCUUAGUUUGUUUGGAGUCGCUGAAGUCCAAUCUGUGGGUAUAGGUCCUGCAUCCUUAAUGCCGACUGUUGACCAUGAAAUUCCAUUUAAGAAAGUUGACUUUCUUGUCUUGUUCUCAAAGGAGAAUGAGGAAGUUGGUUCAAUAACAAAUGCUGCUAUCAAAACGCAACGUGGCCUGUUACUUUCUCAAACAGAAGAUCCUUUCAUCGGAUACCAUACUCAAUUUGUUGCCCUUGAAGCAAAGACACCUGAAGGAGGUUACUACACUUCCAGCAUGCAACUUGUCACGUGGAUGGCAGCUGGUCUAGAAAAAGUUAGACUGCUGAAACAACUUGCAGAUCAAGUCUCAAACAAACAGGGAAGGCCAGAGAUUCUGCCUUGCAUUGGCAUCAGUGUGGUAGGCCACAUAUGGAAUCUAAUAAUUGGCAUGAAGGCGGACAAUGGUGACGUGGUAGGACAUCCAUUUCUAGCCCUUCUAGAUCAAUUGUUGCAAUCAGUAACAGAAAGUAUUCUGGACAGACAAUCUAUGGGCCGAUCCGCAUGGGAGAUACGUUAUCGUUUUGCGGAGUUUUCCAAAUCUUCUGCGUCCUCGACGAAAUAA